AUGGCUGCCGAUGCUUCUGCUACCGCCAAUGGCGGUGCCUCCAAGUCUCUUGCCGCCAUGCUCGAGGCGCAACACGAAGAGGCCCACAAGGUCACAGUUGAAGACGUUGUGGACGAAGAAGAUCUGAAGCAUCCUGUUCCCUCCGCGAACAAGCUCGCCGCUCCUCCGAUCUUGGAAGCUGUUACCCCCGUCGAGUCGACUGCCCCGUCCCCGCCCCCGCUCCGUGGCCCGAAGCCCGCUGCUCCUGCUGCGGCCACAUGGGGUGCGAAGAAGCCAUCUGCGGCCUCGGCCGUUGCGAAUGGUCUUCCUCCCCAACCAUUGGAUGUUCCCCGUGUUAUGUCGCUCCCAGGAAAGCACAUGGAGCAGCUCCGGUUGGCUCCUUCUCAGAUGCAGCCGCGUGGAGGCUUGAAGAAGCCUCUGCGGGACAUCUUGCGGGAUAUCUCCCGGCGGUCCAAGGCCACCGUUGACAUGCGCGGUGGCCCCGGCGGCUCAAUUAUUUUUGAAGGAAAGGGCUCUGUCGACUCUGUGCGACAGGCCCUUAAGGAGGUGGCACAGCAGGUUGGAUCGAAGCAAUCGGUUCGUGUGCCUAUCCCUACCUCCGCCCGUGCCCACAUCAUUGGCCGCCAAGGUGCAGUCGUUCAAGAUAUCCAAAGCCGUACCGGUGCCCGUGUCCAAGUUCCCCGCGCCGAUGACAACGCCGCCCCCGCCGACGAUGACGAUGAGGAUACCAUUGAUGUGCUGAUCGAGGGUGAUGCAGUGGCUGCGGAGAUGGCGCGCCGGGAGAUCGAAGCAAUUGUCAAGGAGCGUGGCUCUAACAUGAGCCUUCGCCUGAAGACGAUUCCAGCGGAAUUCUUCCCCUUCAUCGCUGGUGCCCACGAUGCUAGACUUCGAGAAAUUGAGGAGCGCACAAAGGCACAGGUCCACGUGCCCCGAUAUGAUACCUGGUCAAGCCAGCCUCCCCCCCCCAGGAAGCCCACCCUGGCCAGGUUCAAGCGGGCUGCGGCCCAGGAGGCUCGUGCCGAGGUCGAACGCCUCGCUGCUGAGCUCCAGCGCAACCUCACUCUUCGCCAGCUGGCAAUCAACCGUGGUCAACACCAGUUCAUUCUUGGAAACGAAGCCGAUGCGCUCCACCAGUUCCUUGCUCAGACCGGCUGCGCCAUCGUCCUUCCUCCUGCGUCCGACGAGAGCGAGUUCUUGACCAUCACUGGCCCUCUGAACCAGAUUGAGACUGGUAUCAACCAUGCCAUGGAUCUUGCUACCAGCAUGCAGAUGGCCAGCAUUGACCUGUCCCGUCAACAUCCCAGUGCUCCCGCUGGUCCCCACGCUCACGCACGCGCUUUGACACAAUAUCUCCGCCGCCGCCAAAUUAUCAAGCAACUCGAGUCUGCUUAUGAUGCCCACAUUGCGAUGCCCCCUAGUGCCGAUGGACCCGUGAACUGGGAGGUCUACUCUCGCGACGGCAAGAACACCAUCCGUGCUCGCUCCGACAUUAUGAACCUUGUUCAAGCCCACCCUCCUUCUCGUCUGCGUCACGUACCGGUCGACCCCUACUUCCACUCCUACCUCCGCUCGCGUAGUGCGAGCAAGCUCCAGGGCGACUAUGGUGUCCACCUGCUGGUGCCGGAUGAUGUUAACAGCACCGAGGUUGUCCUGGUCUAUGAGGGCCCAACCGCCACUGCCUCCAGCUUCGAGGUUCCCCGCCAGCGCCCCUCUCCCGCCGAGAUCACCGCAUUUGAGAAAUCGCUACAGGAGGCCCAGGAGUUCCUGUUGAGCACCCUCGGUAACCAGAGCGAUAUUGUCGCCAAGACCACCACAGUUCCUGGCAAGUACCAGGAGAAGGCCCGCAAGUUCAUCAUUCGCGAGCAGGACGCCAAGGGAGAGGACAGCAUCCCCGUGCGAGCUAUUGUUGGCGACGCAAAGGCAUCCAAGUGUGAGAUCGCUCUCCGUGGUCCCUCCAGCCUGGUUGACGAGCUUGCUGCUAAGCUGGAAGUUUUCGUUGUUGAGCAGGAGAAGGAUGACCUGGAGCGUGGAUACACAAACACCUUCGACUUCCCCCAGAAGUAUGCCAACUUCCUCAUCGGCAAGCGUGGCGAGAACAUCAACAAGCUUCGUGAGGAGUUCGAUGUUGACAUUAAGGUUGAGAAUGGAACAGUGGAGGUCAAGGGACCCAAGGCCAAGGCUGAUGCCGCCCGCAUGCGCAUUAUCAACAUGGGCAAGAAGUUGGAGGAUGAGACCACUCACAUCCUGAAGAUUCCCGCCCAGUACCACCGCGAGCUGAUCGGUCAGCGUGGUAACCAGGUCAACCGUCUCCAGGAUCGCUACUCCGUCCGAGUUCAAUUCCCCCGCGCAGCUGUUGCGGAUGACGUUUCCACAACUGACACUGGCAGUGAUGCCGGUGCUGCUCGGCCUGGCCGCCCCCAACAGGCUGCUGAUGAGGUGCUGGUUAAGGGUCCCAGCAAGGGCGCUGACUCCGCUCGUGAUGAGCUUUUGAGUUUGUGGCAGUACGUCGUUGAGACCUCGCACACUGCCAAUGUCUCCGUCGCCCAGAACCAAGUUGCCUCGCUGAUUGGCCAGCGCGGUCGCGAAAUGGAUAAGCUGCGCGCUGAUACCGGUGCUCAAAUCGAUGUUCCCAGUGCCAAUGAUGCACCGGAUGCCUCUGGACGAGUACAGAUCCGUAUCAAGGGUACCAAGCAGCAGGUCGCCGAAGCCAAGAAGAUCCUCACUCAACGGGCCAGUGAAUUCGAUGCCACCGUUACCAAGUCGAUUGAGGUGGACAAGAAGUAUCACAAGGCCUUGAUUGGUGGAGGUGGUGCCAACAUCCGCAAGAUCGUCGUUGAUGCCGGCGGUCCCAGUGACGGCAGCGCUGCCCGCAUGGUCCGUUUCCCACGUCCCGACAGCACCGAGUCUACUAUCCGCCUCGAGGGCAAUGGUAAGAUCGUCGAGAGCAUCAUUGCUGCUAUCGAGGAAUUCGUCAAGGAGCGCGCGGACCAGGUCACCGAGACCCUCGAUGUUCCCACCGCCCAGCACCGCCUGCUGAUUGGUCGCGGUGGUGAGGCUCGUCGCAGCAUCGAAUCGAAGUUCAAUGUUACCCUGGAUAUCCCCAAGCAAGGCUCGGGCCGCACCGACAUUAAGCUCAAGGGUCCCAGCAACGCCGUUGCCGAGGCCAAGGAGCACGUCCAGGGCAUGCUGAAGGAGCAACACGCCGAGACCGCCGAGGUCCCGACCUACCUGCACCACGUCGUUGCCGACAACGGCGCUUUCUUCCGCCGCCUGCGCAAUGAAUACCAGGUUACUGUCGACCACGCCGGCAAAUCUGUUCCCACAAGCCGUCCCGCCGAGGAGACCCGCUCCGUUGCCAACGGCACUUCCCUCCCCCUCAUCACCGACGACGCGGAAGCUGCCUCCGAUGCUCACUCGUGGAAUGUUGUCGAUAACGGCAAGACCGCCGAUGCCGAUGUCAGCCCCUUCCCAUGGGUUCUGACCGGUUCCCCCGAGAGCGUGGCCAAGGCCCGUGCCGCCAUCACCAAGGCUAUUGAUAACGCGCAGCAGCAAUCUGCCACCGGCUACUUGAUUCUGCCUGACCCCAAGACCUACCGCUACGUGGUCGGUCAAGGUGGUAGCCAGAUCAACGCCAUUCGCAAGAAGACAGGUUGCCGCAUCAACGUGCCCAAGGACCAGGCUCAGGGUGAGGCGAUCGAGAUCCGCGGCAGCUCUGCUGGUUUGGAGGAAGCCAAGGAUAUGAUUCUGGAGGCUGUUCAGAACGGUCUGAACGGUUCUGCCCGGUAA